AUGGCAGCGUCGGUGGCGGCGGGCGCGGGCAGCCCCGGCUCCGGGGACGGACCCGCGGGCGCCGACAAGCGGGGGCCCGGGGGCCCUGGCGGGGCGGCUGCCUCGGCCGCGGCCGGGGGGCCUUCAGGGCCGGGGCCUGCCGCCGCCUCCUCUUCGUCCUCCGCGGCCGCGGGGGCGGCGGCGGCGGCUUCGGGAGGGGGCCCCUCGGGGCCUGCGUCCGCCGCCUCGGCCUCCAGCGCCGCGGGCCCCGCAGCCUCCUCGGCCUCGGGCGCCGCGGCGUCGGGCGGGGGCGGGCCAAGCGAGGCGGCCGAACUGCUGGAGCACUGUGGCGUGUGCAGGGAGCGCCUGCGGCCCGAGCGGGAACCGCGCCUGCUGCCCUGCCUGCACUCGGUGUGCGGCCAGUGCCUGCUGCUCGGGCCCGCCUCCGCGCCAGGCGGUGCCACCGGCACGGCCGCCGGGCCUGCCGCUGCCAACAACGGGGGCGACGGCGCGGUGGUGGAUUGUCCGGUGUGCAAGCAGCAGUGCUUCGCCAAGGACAUCGUGGAAAACUACUUCAUGAGAGACAGCGGCGCCAAGGCGGCCCCGGACCCCAAGGAUGCCAACCAGUGCUGUACCAGCUGCGAGGACAACGCCCCCGCCACCAGCUACUGUGUUGAGUGCUCAGAGCCCCUGUGUGAGACGUGCGUGGAGGCUCAUCAGCGGGUCAAGUACACCAAGGAUCACACUGUCCGUUCCACUGGUCCCGCCAAGUCCCGUGAUGGGGAGCGUACCGUCUACUGCUCAGUCCACAAGCACGAGCCCCUGGUCCUUUUUUGUGAGAGCUGUGAUACCCUUACCUGCCGGGAUUGCCAGCUCAAUGCCCACAAGGACCAUCAAUACCAGUUCCUGGAGGAUGCUGUCAGAAACCAGAGGAAGCUCCUGGCCUCCCUGGUCAAACGCUUGGGGGACAAGCAUGCCACCCUGCAGAAGAACACCAAGGAAGUGCGCACUUCGAUCCGCCAGGUGACAGAUGUGCAGAAGCGGGUACAGGUGGAUGUGAAAAUGGCCAUCCUGCAGAUUAUGAAAGAGCUGAACAAGCGGGGCCGUGUGCUGGUCAACGACGCCCAGAAGGUGACUGAGGGGCAGCAGGAGCGCCUGGAACGUCAGCACUGGACCAUGACCAAGAUCCAGAGGCACCAGGAGCACAUCCUUCGCUUUGCCUCCUGGGCCCUGGAGAGUGAUAACAACACAGCCCUGCUGCUGUCCAAGAAGCUGAUUUACUUCCAGCUACACCGAGCCCUCAAGAUGAUUGUGGACCCCGUGGAGCCCCAGGGGGACAUGAAGUUCCAGUGGGACCUCAACGCUUGGACCAAAAGCGCCGAGGCCUUCGGCAAGAUUGUUUCAGAGAGGAGUAGUCCUGGUUCCAUGGCCCCUCCCAGGCCUCCUGGCAAGCCUGGAGGAGGGAAUCAGGCCAUGGACCUGCAGGAGGGUUAUGGGAGCUAUGGCCCAGACGACCCCUACAGUGCUGAGCCUAAUGUGUCCGGAAUGAAAAGGUCCAGAUCUGGUGAGGGGGAAGUGAGUGGCCUCAUGCGGAAGGUGCCCAGGGUGAGCUUGGAGCGCCUCGAUCUGGAUCUGACAGCAGACAGCCAGCCCCCCGUCUUCAAAGUCUUCCCGGGGACCACCAAUGAGGACUACAACCUCAUUGUCAUUGAGAGGGGGGGCCAGCCAGGGGCCCCUGGGGGGCCUCCUAUGCCACCCAUGGCCAUGGUUAAGGAGGAAGAGACAGAGGCUGCCAUCGGAGCUCCCCCAGGGGUGGAGGGGCUGGAGACAAAACCGCUGCUGCUGCCUCCCCUGGAGGCCUCCGGGCCUGAGGGCCCCCAUCUGGCUUCCCCCAGCGGCAGCACCAGCUCUGGCCUGGAAGUGCUGGGAGGUCCUGACGCGGCUGCCGCCGCUGCGACCGUGGCCACUGGUGGCCCUGGAGCUGUGGAUGACAGCGCCACUAUCUGCCGUGUCUGUCAGAAGCCAGGAGACCUGGUGAUGUGUAGCCAGUGUGAAUUCUGCUUCCAUUUGGAGUGUCACCUGCCAACCCUGCAGGAGGUGCCUGGGGAGGAGUGGAGCUGCUCCCUGUGCCAGGAGGUGGUGGAUUGUAAAGAUGAGGUCCCUCUUCCUGGCCCUGAGAGUGUGGCCUUGACUGCCGAUGGGGACACCUGCCCUGCCAAGCUCUCACCUACUAACCAGCAGAAGUGUGAGCGUGUGCUGUUGGCUUUGCUCUGCCACGAGCCAUGCCGUCCCCUGCACCGACUGGCCACAGACCCCACGCCCUCUGCAGAGCAGCCCGGCACCCUGGACCUCACUCUGAUUCGUGCUCGCCUCCAGGAGAAACUGUCACCCCCAUACAGCUCCCCGCAGGAGUUUGCCCAGGAUGUGGGCCGCAUGUUCAAGCAGUUCAACAAACUCACUGAGGACAAAGCUGACGUCCAGUCGAUCAUUGGCCUUCAACGCUUCUUUGAGACUCGCAUGAACGAGGCUUUUGGGGAUACCAAGUUUUCGGCUAUUCUGGUGGAGCCCCUCCCUCCCCCUAUCCCAGGCCCUGGCCUGGCCCCUCCAGAACUGGUGGGGGGCCCCAGUGAUGGUAACUGAGCCCCUACCUUACCCCAGAAUGGCUCCAUUGUCCCCUCACUCAUUCCUUCCUUCACCUGUUGGUCCUUCUGUAUCCUAUCCCCAGAUGCGGUUUUUACUUCUCUCGAUUUAAUAAAAACAUAACCCAGGAGACAAAGUCCCACAAGUCACACAGACCCAGAGCAAGCAGGGUGUCCUGGGAGUCCCUGGCAUGGGGCUGGUUGGUGGGCAUGGCGGCUUUGUGGGCUGCCCUGGCCAGAGCAGAGCCCCACUUCGCCUUAGCUCGAGGCUUCUCUUGGAUGCAGGCAGCCCCUCCCCCCCCCCAGCUUACAGCCCAGGAAGGGGAGAGGACCCCAGCCCGGAGGCUCCCAAGGGUCCUUGCCCCUUCUGUUUAGACGCGUCUUCCCUCUUAGGGUCCAUGUACCUGCUUCCAGCCCCCAAGGUCUGAAUGGUUGGAAGUAGGGUUAGUUAGACAAUCUCUCCCUGGAGAAGCUGGGGCUUGGAAGGGGCUUUGGGAGCUGCCAUGAGUUUUCUUUGUCAUCUGCUUCUUGUACUGAGCUUGGAGUUCACUGAAAACACCCAUCCAACCAAUAAACUUGCCAGCCAUUGCCUCUCCCUGCCUCCA